AUGGCCACGUUCCCCACGUUCCCGGACCUCGAUGGCAAAGUGGGCCUCGUCAUGGGAAUCGGCCAGACUCGCGUCGAAGGCUCCUCCCUCUGGGGCAAUGGGGCUGCCAUGGCGCGUGCCCUCUCCCAGAACGGCGUGAAGCUCUUCGGCUGCGAUCUCAGCCUCGAAGCCGCCCAAUUCACUGCUUCGCGCCUCCGAGCAGCAGGCGGCACGUGCCAUGUCAUGGCCGCCGACGUUACAUGUUCCGCCCAUGUCCGCAGCGUCGUUGGAGCCGCUAUGCAGAAAUUUGGUCGCAUAGACAUCUUGGUCAACAACGUGGGCAUGACUCGGCCUGGAGAUCCCGCAUCUCUCUCUGAAGAGCUAUGGGAGUCGCAACUGGCGUUGAACUUGACCAGUGUCUACCUCUCAUGCCACCACGUCCUGCCUAUAAUGGAAAAGCAAGGCUCUGGCGUUAUCGUGAGCAACGCGAGCGUGGCUGGGGUUGCCUAUCUCGGUAAGCCGCAAGUAGCGUACUCAACCGCGAAGGCCGCGCUCCUGCACUUUACGCGUGUGACUGCCGUCAUUUACGCCCCAAAGAAGGUCCGAUUGAACUGCGUUGUACCCGGCAUGAUACUCACGCCCAUGAUUGAAAACCUUGGAAAGAGUGGAAAAGAGGAAGAUAGAGAAGUGUACAGGAAGAUCACACAGCACAACGUUCCUAUCGGACGAAUGGGUGAGCCUGAGGAUGUCGCAAACGCUGCGCUCUGGUUGGCAAGCGACGCCAGCAAGUACGUUACGGGGCAAAGCUUAAUCGUCGAUGGAGGCUUGACAAGCCAAACGGGAACUGGGCAAUGA